AUGAGAUAUGAGGACGAUUUGACCCUUUACUCUGGCGAAAAGCUGAACAUCCCUUUCAAUUUCGCCUCUGGUCUCGGUCCCACGCCAAUCAUUGUUAUCCGGGGCCAAAAGAGAGGUACCAUCCAGGGAAGCAUCGUGAUGGAGAAAUCUGGCCGGGUGUGCAAGUUCUACAAUAUGAUUUCCAUCAAGCACGCCUUGAACAAGGCGGACGAGGAUAGGAUGCAGGCUCUUAUGCAGAGACGUGGAUAUCGCGACUCAGAUGAUUGGAAGAAGAAGCUUUUGUUGACAGUGCAGGAAAACUCGGUCAAGGUGACGGAGUGGGUUGAUGAGUACAGGAAGGUUGUUGCGGUUGAGGAGGGUGAUAAGCUAGAGUUUUCGGGAGAGGUACAAACGGAGAAGAAGGAUCUUGUUGUUGCGUGCUGGGCUAGCGAGGGAUUUGUACUUGAAAAGGCUGCAUCGAAACAUAUUCAACGGCUGACCUUGGAGCGGCAAAGGCGCUCAAUCUAUUCCCAUGUGGUGGCUGCAAGGUCUUGGCAAUAG